GCUUCGUUCUCGAGAUUAGUAACCUGAAAUAAUAAACUUAUUACUUAUUCACAUCUGUAGUAUCACCCAGGAUUCACCACAUGCACUGAAUGUUGAGAGGUAAAAGAUUUUUUUUUUUUUUUUUUUUUGUUUGCGGUGUGUUUUUGACCUAAUACUCCGCUUGUCAUUCACGUUACAGUGCUUCACCACUGCACACGUCUUAUUUCGUCCGUACGAAAUAUUAAGUGUUUAUAUAGUGUUUCUUUGUAACAAAAUGCCGAAGAGGUCGCGUGAUAUCGAUGUGGACGAAUUAAGCAAGAAGCUGCGUAAGCUGGAAAGGAAAUUAAAACGUGUCAAACGUCACCGUUAUUCAACGUCGCCGUCAUCCCGAGAGGACCCCACGCUAUCGGCGCAUAGCUAUGAAGCAGCGGAAAACUCAAUGGACAUCUUCUCGGACGAUGACUGCAACGUGACAAGACCUAGACUGGCAUCAGUUGUACGUGACGUCGCGUCAGAUAAAACAAAGGAGUCGCGGGCGCCGCUGCCUCCGCCAUUGCUCGCGCCGCCCCCUGUGUCAUCCCGCGCGCCGUCCCCUGCGCCGCAAGUACGUGAGCCUUCGCCGCCACCUUUGCCACAAGCCACUGAGUCUUGCCCAGUCGUUGAGCCCAGUGCCAUUGCUGCUACCACCAACGAUCAAAAUAACGAUGAUGAUGACCUGAUAGACAUACUCGGUGAUGAUCCCACCCAAAUCACCGAGUAUGGCAAAGACAUUCACACCGGCCUAGCUAACCGCCUAAACUACUUAAUUGUUAAUGGGCUAGACAACGACGUGCGGAAGGAAUUGGGGAAAAAACACUUGAUACCAGCCAAUUGCCCUAGAAUAAUUCCACCAAUUCUCAAUGCAGAAAUAAAGGCUGCUUUACCCGAAGUAAGCGUGAAACGCGACAAAGGAAUCGAAAACAGGCAAAAGCAACUGGGUACUGCUUUGGCCUGUUUAAGCAACAUCAUUUCAACGAAAAUGCAGGAAAAAGACAAAGACUCUGCCCUCUUAAAACAAUUAAUGGAUGCGGCAAAACUGAUGUGUGACACAUUACACUCGGAUUCAGUCAAAAGGCGGUACUUUGCCUUAUCGUCGUUAAAAAAAGACGUUAAUGAGCAUUUGGCGCCCACAAAGAUAGACAAAUAUCUUUUCGGGGAAACCCUAGCGGACACAUUGAAGGCUGCCAAAGCUGUGACGAAAUCUGGGGCCGAUAUAAAAGUCACCUAUGAUAAAAAUAGGAACCACAGCCUACCAGCCAACACAUACCAACCACAGCCAUCAACUUCGCGUGGUUUAAACUGGAAGGCUCCCGCUUCGACUCGCAGGCAGUCGGGGCCGCAGAGGAGCCGCCAGCCUUACCCGUCUGCUGGAACGAGGGCGCCACCGCCGCCGACGAGCCGGCCACCGCCGCCGCCGCACGUCAGCUCGUCGAGGACAUCGCGCAAUCAGCCGCGGUCGAUCCGCCGCCGGUAAAUCAGGUACAAUAUGCUGGUCGUUUAUCGUCAUUUGUAAGACAAUGGUCCCUCCUCACGAAAGACAACACUAUUCUAUCAUGGAUUGAAGGUUAUAGAAUACAAUUUUCUAAACCAGUCACACAGGAAAAUGUACCUCCUGUCCCUGUUUUAACACUAACUGAGAUAAACGAUUUUUGCAAAAUUAUCGACAGUCUUAUAGAAAUUGGAGCUGUAUCCGAAUGCACUCCGUGCACCAACCAAUUCAUAUCCAGUAUCUUUCUUGUACCUAAACCGAAUGGCAAGAAAAGGUUUAUACUGAAUCUAAAAAAUCUUAAUAAAUAUAUACAAACUGAUCAUUUCAAGCUGGAGGAUUUACGCACAGCAGUAAAAUUAAUCACAAAAAAUUGUUUUAUGGCAACCUGUGAUCUCAAAGAUGCAUAUUUUUUAUUAAAAAUCCAUCCAGAUUCCAGAAAAUAUCUCCGUUUUCAAUUUGACAAUAAGUUAUUUGAAUUCAAUGUCUUGCCAUUUGGUUUAAACACAGCGCCAUACGUUUUCACAAAAUUAAUGAAACCCGUCGUUAGAUUACUCAGAUUGGCUGGCUAUAUAUCUACUGUAUAUCUUGAUGACCUAUUUUUAAUGGGAUAUUCGUAUAACGAUUGC